GUUUUAUUGAAAUUCAUGGGCCGAUUGGUACCUCCAAUAACACUAGUCUCAGUCAAGAAACUUAUUGUAUGUCCUCUUAUAUUUCCUUGUUCUUUAUCUUCUUAUAUUUCCUUGUUCUUUCCAUUUCUGUGUUCUUUCUUAAUUGAUCUGUCUUUAAUCCCAGGAGAACAAAUCUAUGAGCAGCUGAAGGAGAAAGAGGAGAAGAGGAAACCUAAACCGAAUAAACAAAAACCACGGAGAGAAAGUAAUGAAUCUACAAUGACAAAUACUGGGAAAGAUGUGGAUCAGGCACCCAAGAAAAGAGUUAAAAAGGGCAAGCAUCAUGUUGAAACAGAAUUACCAAAGUUGCAUGUCCCUAAAAAAAGAGUCAGAAAGCCAAAAACAGUAGAACUGACAAGCAACAACAUAAGUGAAGAACUUGCUGACCCAGAAUUCACCUGUCUUAUAUGCAAUAUCUAAGGUCAUACCAGUGAUGAAGAGAGUG